UCGAGCUCAGUUUACAGAUAGACCAAAGAACAGAUCAACCGAACCUACAGCUAGCUACUACACUACCAUGAAGACCGUGCUCGUUGCCCUCGCCCUCCUAGCUCUCGCCGUGAGUGUGACCUCCACGCACACGUGCGGGCAGGCGCCGCACCAGCAGGCGGCGCCGCCACUGCACCAGUGCCCGUGCCAGCACCAGCAGUCGCAGCAGCAGCCGUACCCGCAGCUGCCGAUGCUGACCCAGUGCGGCGAGCUGCUGAGGCAGCAGUGCAGCCCGAUGGCGACGCCCUACUGCACGCCGCAGUGCCAGAUGCUGCGGCAGCAGUGCUGCCAGCAGCUCAGGCAGGUGGACCCGCAGCACCAGUACCAUGCCGUCUACACCAUGGUGCUCCAGAUGGUGCAGCAGCAGCAGCCGCCGCCGUACGGUGGGGUCCAUGGCCCUCAGGGCCAGGCGGCGAUGGUGGCGGCGCAGGUUGCGCAGCAGCUGACGGCGACCUGCGGCAUGCACCAGCAGCCUCCCUGCGCCGCCUGCGGCGCCGCCGCUGGCGGUGUGCCUUACUGAAUGAACUAAUGUAAGAUGUGGCCGCUGGCUAGCUAGCUAUGAGGGAAUAAAGUGUCAUCACGCAUCACCAUGUGUGAGGCAAUGACAUGAAUAAUCGGGGAAAAUAUAUAAUUCCUUACAUGUCAACGAGAUCUCUCUUGUUAACAAUAAAGUGUUUUCGGAU